CAGAAUUUGGACAAAAAGCUUGUUCUUUUUACCUCGAAAAAACCUCAAUGUGCAGUAGUUUAUCUGGAAAAAGAAAUACUAUUAAUCAAUUAGGAGUAGCUCGUGUGGGUCUCGUCUGUGUGUGAGAAAAAGAGAAAGGGAUAAGCUGGUCAGCACUUCCCAUUCAGCGGCGGGAUUAAGUGGCGCCGUGGUGGAGCAAAUCAGCAGAGGCCACAUCAAUAUCUAUACAAUCCCUUUGACAGAUUCUGAUUCUGUAACCUCUCCUCAUUUGCUUUUUCCUGAUACUUUUUAAGAUAAACUCAAGAUCCAUCUUUUUCUCUACCCCUUUGACAGAUUCCGUCUCAUUUUUAACCAUAAUCUGCGCACUUAUAAAUUAGGUAGUCUUUAUUUUAUUUAUGAUCGAUCACUUGUUUUCUUGAUUCAUGGCUGGAUGUUUUGAUAUUCAUUUCUUGUAUUAUGAUGAUGUGCUGCUCAGAUAUUGCUUGCUUUUGAUUGUUUGAUCCGAUCUGUGGACAGAUUUGUCGUUUGUACGUUCUUUGAAAAUUCUCUCUUUUUAUGGUUUGGGGGUGUUGAAAUGGAAUUUUCGUAAUUUAUGAGCACUUCAAUUAUUGGAGAUUUCCUGAUUUUGGGUUGAUGUGAAGUUUCCUUUUCUGUUUAUGCUCUCAGUAUUACAGUUUAGUUUUAUUGAUGUUGAAAAAGAUUGGACUUGGAAAAGGCUGUGAAGAAAUUGAGGUGAGAGAGGGAGGGGAAACUUCGAUAGUUCAUGGGCAAUACAUGCCGUGGAUCUUCCAAAAGCAAACAAUUUCAGGGCUAUGAUCAGCCCGAAGAAUAUUCCAACUCCAAGCAUGACGAUACGACUGGCCGCAACAGUUCUGACGGUUACUCACCUACAACCUUCCCCUCCCAACACCUAGUUGCUCAAGAAUUCUCCAGAGACAACCAACCAAACGACAAAAAAGACCCCAAUUUACCACUUCUUAGUCCCAAGAAACAUAGUAGUAUGAACCGUGGAACUACCAACCAAUCUUAUUUUGUGUUGGGUCACAAGACUGCUAAUAUUCGCGAUCUUUAUACACUUGGGCGUAAGUUAGGACAAGGUCAAUUUGGUACUACUUAUUUGUGCACUGAGAUUUCCACAGGCAAUGAAUAUGCUUGUAAAUCUAUAACUAAGAGGAAGUUGAUCUCCAAAGAAGAUGUAGAGGAUGUUAGGAGGGAGAUUCAGAUAAUGCAUCAUCUGGCUGGCCACAAGAAUAUUGUCACCAUCAAAGGGGCAUAUGAGGAUCCUCUGUAUGUUCACAUUGUUAUGGAGCUUUGUGCUGGGGGUGAAUUGUUUGACCGCAUCAUUCAUAGAGGGCACUACAGUGAGAGAAAGGCAGCUGAAUUGACAAAGAUUAUUGUAGGGGUUGUUGAGGCUUGUCAUUCCCUUGGGGUUAUGCAUAGAGAUCUUAAACCGGAGAAUUUCUUGUUGGUAAACAAGGAUGAUGAUUUCUCUCUCAAAGCUAUUGAUUUUGGACUCUCUGUUUUCUUUAAGCCAGGUCAGAUAUUCACUGAUGUGGUUGGAAGCCCUUAUUAUGUUGCACCUGAGGUACUUUUGAAGCAUUAUGGCCCAGCAGCAGAUGUGUGGACGGCAGGAGUCAUACUCUAUAUAUUAUUAAGUGGCGUGCCACCCUUUUGGGCUGAAACACAACAGGGGAUAUUUGAUGCAGUCCUGAAGGGAUUCAUUGAUUUUGAUUCUGACCCAUGGCCAUUGAUAUCUGAGAGUGCUAAAGAUCUAAUUCGGAAGAUGUUAUGCAUGCACCCUUCAGAGCGAUUGACUGCUCAUGAAGUAUUAUGUCAUCCUUGGAUUUGCGAAAAUGGUGUUGCUCCAGACAGGACACUGGAUCCAGCCGUUCUUUCUCGUCUUAAACAGUUCUCUGCAAUGAAUAAAUUAAAGAAGAUGGCUUUACGGGUAAUAGCUGAAAGCUUGUCAGAAGAGGAGAUUGCUGGGUUGAGAGAGAUGUUUAAGGCCAUGGACACUGAUAAUAGUGGGGCAAUCACAUUUGACGAACUUAAAGUUGGUUUAAGAAAAUAUGGAUCCACCUUAAAGGAUACUGAGAUACGUGAUCUGAUGGAUGCGGCUGAUGUAGACAAUAGUGGAACCAUCGACUAUGGAGAAUUUGUAGCAGCAACAAUUCACCUAAACAAACUAGAACGCGAGGAACAUCUUUUGGCAGCAUUCCAAUAUUUUGACAAGGAUGGAAGUGGUUAUAUUACGGUUGAUGAACUCCAGCAAGCUUGUGUAGAACAUGGCAUGACAAAUGUCCCCCUUGAAGAUAUUAUCAAAGAAGUUGAUCAAGAUAAUGAUGGAAGGAUAGAUUAUGGAGAAUUUGUUGCUAUGAUGCAAAAGGGAAAUGGUGGUAUUGGUAGACGAACUAUGCGGAACAGCUUGAAUAUAAGCAUGCGAGACGCUCCGGGAGCUCUUUAGCUUUUUGAUCUGCACGUUGUUUACAGGUGUACAUGGAAGAUGGCAAAGCAUGUUCAGUGAUAAGCGUCAAAGAUACACGUUCAGAUGCUCGCUAAAUUUGAUAUUUGUUCCACGACACGUGUGUUGUAGAAUGGAGAUGUUAAUGAUUGAGUUAUUGAGUCUUGCCUUUGGGUGGCAGUGUAAAUGAAGAGGUGGUUGUUGGCUUUAUUAUUUGUGUCGAUGUGAGCUAUAAGAACCUAGAAGUGUGAAUUGUUACAGUUAAUUAUUUCAAGCUGUUAAACUAUUUUGUGGUUCUCAUUCAGUUCAGACCUUGUAUUUGAAGAAUUGUUCGAGUUUCCUUUAAAGUCUUCGGUAAUAAAGUUUUGA